AUGCUACUUAUUAUUAAAUUAAUGAAUAUAUUUAUUUAUAUUUGUUAUACAAAUGAAUCAUUUAUUACAAUUGAUGAUGGUCUAUUACGUAAUUUCUGUCAAGCUAAUGAAGUAUGUAUUCAAUUAAAUACAAUUCAUAAACAAUAUUUUUUAAUGGGUUUAAAUUAUUUAAAAUGGAUGAAUAAUAAUAAAAAUUAUUCAAAUCAAAUAUAUUGGACAAGUAUAGUUUAUUUAUUACCAGAAAUCACUUCAACAUCUAAUAUACAAAUGAGAUUACGUGAUGCAAAUCCUAAUUCUAAUAUAUCACUAAUUAUAGAUAAACAAUAUUUAAUAAAUCCAUCAGCUAUUUUACAAUUAUCAAAUAAAAAAUUACAAUCAAAUUUAUUAACAAUAAAAAAAAAUUAUUCUAUAGUAUGUGAAUUAUCAUGGAAUAAAAUAGAAAUUAUAUCAAAAUUUAUAUUUCAACCAUUUUCUAAAUUAUUUCAGUUUAAUUAUUUGAAUAAAAUACCUAAAUAUGAUUCAUGUCAUAUUCAAUUAAGAGCAUCUCAUUUAAAUGAAUGUUUAUAUAAGUAA